AUGGCUGCAGAUGCACCUCCUGACCGUGGUCGCUCUACCCUCCGCCGAGAUGAGAGCACGGCCCAACAGACGGCCACUCGCCCCUCCCCCGACCGGUCCUCGAGAAGACGCUCCACAAAGCGCCCGUCGUCGAGCAGCCCUUCAUCGGACAAUGAAAAGUCGAGGCCGAGGAUAGAAAAAUGGACCUUGGGCAUACUGAACGAUAAGGAGACCGAGGAAGUGCCCGGCACCGUCUUGCUGCUGUCCUCAAAUCGAAAUGAGCCUCUCGGGCUGGAAUAUCAGCGUGGCCGGCGGAGCAGUUCCUCCAUGCCUGCUCAGCCUAUGUCCCCUCGGCGUCUCUCGCUGGCAUCUAAGAAGAGGACAAAGGACGGCCAAGUGAUCCUCGAUCCGCAGCCGGACGACUCGUUAAACGAUCCUCUCAACUGGCCGGCAUGGAGACGCGAUAUCGCCCUUCUCUCUUUGGGCUUUUAUUGCAUGCUGGGUGGCGGUAUGACACCUAUUCUGGCCGCCGGUUUCAAUAACGUUUCCCAGUCGUUCCAUGUUUCGUAUUCUAGUGUCGCCCUGACGACGGGCUUGUACAUGAUGGGCAUGGGAGUCGGUAGUGUCAUCUUCUCGCCUACUGCCAUCCUGUUUGGGAAACGGCCCGUCUAUCUGGCUUCAGCAGUGAUGUUCAUUCUCACUUUGGUCUGGUGUGCUCUGGCGCCCAGUUACGCCCAAUUGGCCACCGCAAGGGUCUUUCAGGGAAUAUCCGUGAGUCCUGUGGAAUGCUUGCCGUCUGCCACCAUUGCCGAAAUCUUUUUUCUACACGAGAGGGCGUUUCGCGUUGGCAUAUACACUCUUCUGCUUCUUGGUGGGAAGAACUUGGUGCCCCUGGUGAGCGCUGCCAUCAUUAACGCCAAGGGAUGGAGAUGGGUAUUUUGGGUUGUCGCGAUUGUAGCAGGCUUCAGCCUUCUUAUUCUGUUCCUCUUUGUGCCCGAAACUUUUUGGGACCGGACUCCGAGACCAAAAUCAAGGAGACCAACCGUUCAUCGGAGCCUGUCUAACCUUCUUCAUCCUUUGCAUCAGAACAAAACCAAUGCCCCCGAACAUAUGCCCAUUGAUAACAACGCCCUCCAAGCCGCUAUCGACAAAGCUAUGACCCCCAGACAACACCGACUGCACGAGCAAAACGCACACGCUAGAUUUGAGGACGAGAUCGAAGACGACAAACUCGAGGAACACGAAGUAGAGGUGAAAGACCAUUUUGACCCACAAUCUCCAGCCAAACAUCAAGGCAAUGCUCAGGACGAGAAAACCCCCCAGGAUCCGGCACCCGCAACGGACGGCGCACAUGAUGUGGAACACUCAGAGGAAUUCAAUCGAGGAAGCACCGCAGAAGUGGGAUCGAUCGCACAACCAGAACCUGCUGCCCUUCCUCGAAAGAAGCUCAGGCCCUCAGGAUUACCUUUGCCGCCUUCGCCAGAUCCUCGCUCCUUCAGUAGACCAUGGGACGGGACCCACAACGGCAAGCCGAUGAUUUUACCGCCAGGUUUGAGGCCUCCUUCGAGCGGCGCAGGCGCCGAGACAAGGUUUUCUGAAGAUGAUCCCACAGUUCCAUAUCUGCAUAACCUCAAUUCUCCAUACUACGUCGAGCUCGAAAGGACCGAUGACUAUCUCGACCAUCACGCAGCUUCCGAAUCGCAAAGCGUCACAUCCCGAGAGCUAAAACCAGACCUGGCGAGAUCCGACACGGCUAUUACACUACCUGGUUCCCCCAUCAGUCUUGAAAAGUCAAUAUCCACGAGCGUCAAUGACGGCGUGGCUUCUCCCAAGAUUGCCCGCUACACGACCAAUCUCAAGCAUUCGCCACCAAAAUCUUACAUUGAGACCCUUCGACCCUGGAACGGGAGGUUGAGCAAAGCGAAUUGGUUCCUCGUUGCACUUCGGCCUUUCAUCCUGUUUACUUACCCGAGCGUCCUUUGGGCGUCGUUGGUAUACUCUUUGUCGAUUGGCUGGCUUAUCGUGCUAUCCGAGUCAAUUUCUGACAUCUACCGAAACCGAGAUACGUACAACUUUACAGCUCUGCAAGCUGGGUUGAUAUACGUUUCACCAUUUGUCGGCGGCAUUCUGGGUACAGCAGUGGCGGGUCGGGUCUCCGACAUCAUCAUCCGUUUCAUGGCUCGCAAAAACGGCGGCGUCUACGAACCGGAAUUUCGACUCGUCAUGGCUAUCCCGGUUGCCAUCAGCACGGCGAUCGGCCUCAUGGGUUUUGGAUGGUCUGCUCAAGAGCGAGAUGCAUGGAUUGUCCCCACCAUCUUCUUCGGUAUCAUCUCCUUUGGUUGCUCCUUGGGAAGUACCACAUCCAUCACCUUUUGCGUUGACAGCUACAGACAAUAUGCCGGCGAGGCGCUAGUGACGCUGAAUUUCAGCAAGAACAUCUUUCACGGGCUUGUGUUUAGUCUGUUCUUUGCGAACUGGCUGGAGGAAGACGGGCCCAAGACCACCUUCUUGGCGAUUGGGGGUAUCCAGAUUGCUUGUAUGCUUACGGCGAUUCCAAUGUAUAUUUAUGGGAAGAGAGCCAGGAUGUGGACUGUCAGAAAUGCUUUCAUGGAAAACUUCUGA